CGCGCCAGGGCACUCCCGCCACACCCGCGCAAAAGCAAGCCGCCCACGCCCACAAGCCCCAAACCUAAACCGUCCAGAGGGGGUAUCAGGAUCCGGAAUCGUGAAUGCACACUGUCGCACCCAGGCGCGGCAUCUAGCAGAGGAGCCUGCCGUCAAGGUCGGGGCCGAUGCGUCGCAGGUAGAAGUAGUCGCGCCUUGGACACUGAGGACAUCGAGCCCAGGGGACACGAGCGUGCCGUGCCAGAACCGCAGAUAGACAGACAGGAUGGAGUCGAAUUUCCGCUCGACGGUGUUGGCCCGGCCGUCUAGCAUGUACGAGGAUGACGACCUGGACCACAACAGGCGCCGCCGCGACAUUCUGAACCCGCCAGCGCCAGGAUCGACCAACCAAGCACCGCCUGCUGGCCCACGGCCCCCUUUCAGCCUUCGCUCGCCAACCCAGCCAGAAUCCCAUCAUCCGCAUCCGCACCACCACCAGCAUCACUAUUCCAACUCUCCACCGAGCGCUCACUCCAUUCUCAACGGCCAGCACUCGCCGCCGCCGCAUCCGCCGCACCACCUCCCCCAGCGCUCGUCCGUCCUCCACAGCCCUUUCGCACAGCCCCCAGGUGGCCCUGCCCUUCCCAUGGGCGUCCAGCACCCGCCGCACUCGUCGGGAAUAUCCUCAGGUCUCCAACCGCCCCAGGCCGUUACUCGCUCGCCGGGUCUGCACGCGCCCCCGGGCUACUAUUCGCAGGACGUUCGCGAGCACCCUCCUCCGCCGCCGCCCGCGCCGCGGGAAAAGCCGGCCAAGGGCAGCUUCUACGACCCGACCACGGACACGACCACCACGACGUCGACGGCCCAGGAGCGGAGGACUUCUGACGCUGCGAACUCAUGGCACAACGCGACCCAGGUGUCGACGCCCAAGCAUCGCGACCCAUACACAUAUCCCGCCCAGCCUCCCGCAGAACCGAGCCCAUACUACAGCAAGGGCAGCAGCUAUACGUCACCCGCGCCACCGCCAGCCUACCCCCCGCGAAGCCCUGUGUCACGCUCGCACCCUAAUUCGGUCGCUGCUGCUGGGUCCAUCAGCCCACCCGGUCGACCGUCCCAGAUGGCAUCAUCAAGCAUCCUCAACCCACCCUCGGUCGUCAGCCCGUUACCGUCCAUGACGGGCAACGAGUUGCCCGCGGCGAAGGCGUCGGCGUCGACAGGAACCUCAAGUCGCGCUGCAGAGCUUAUGUCGUUCUCCAACAUUCUAUCAAACCCCGAGCCGCCCCAAAAGCCCAGGCCGAGAACCCCUGUCGUCGUCGACGCGCCCGAACGCGAGCCAGAGGUGCCAUCCCCCAAGCCCAGGCCGGCCGAGGAGGUAUCAAGGGUGCCGACCCCACAGCCUGAAGAGAUGGAAGAUGUCGCAGACGAAGUCAUGGAGGAAGCUACCAAGUCGCCUGAUGAACCACUGGACGACGACGAGCCUGAGCCCAGCGAGGAGCCAGAGAAGCCGGCCAAGCGACAGACGCCAACUAAAGCCGUCAAAGUCGAAAAAGCCGACGACACCGAGAAGGCUGAAAAGACCGACAAGGUGGAGAGGCGACCAAGGGCUGAAAAGAAGGAGCGAGUUCUAAAGGCAUCCCGGAGGUCAACCGUCACCAAGAGCCGCGUCUCAGACGUCAAAGCGACCGAGCCCACGCCCAAGUCCCGCCGCUCUUCGGCCAAACACGACGCUCCAUCCCAGUCACGACUCCCUGCCAAACGCCAAGCCAACGGCCAGGCCAAGCAGAAGGGCUUCGCUGCCGACCAGGAAAAGGCCAUCAUCUCUCGGAUGGAGGAGCUUGACGAGCAAAGCGUUGACGAUUCUGACUAUGCUGAGGAGAGGGAUGCGUACCUGCAGUCGCGCAGAAAACGGCAGCGGCGCAUGGAGAACCUCGAGGAUGUCUCCCGUGCCCAGCGAAGGCAUGAGUACAGCGACAUCAUGAUACGCAGGCUCAGCGUGCAUAUGACACUCGGCAAGCUUCGCUUCAGCGACGAACACUACGACUCUGCCCUCAAGGAGGUCCGUGACCAGGAGCUGUUCGCCGAGAAAGAGCGGAAGAAGGACAUGCAACGGAAGCGCCGGCGCGAGAAGUCGAUGGCCGUCACCAUCGAACAGAAGGAGGCUGCCCUGGCUAAGGCUCGAUCGACCAAGGAUGAACAAGAGCGCCAGAAGCUGCUGCGUGAGGCCGAGAGGGCAAACAAGAAGGCCCAGCAGACUAAGCUCAUCUUGCAGAAGGGCAUCAAGGGGCCUGCGCGCGCGCUCCCAUCUCUGGAUCUUAACCUCGAGGGCGGCGCCAUGGCCACCUUUACUGCCGACAACAUGGAGCCCGGUAAGAAGGGCAAGGGCCGUGCAGGGAACCGCCCCAAAAAGUCUAAGGAACAGAAACAGGCAGAGAAGGACUCCGCCGAAGCUGCUCAGGCUGCCCUGGACGCCGGCAAGGAGCUUCCUACCAAGGAGGAGACCACAGCCAAAAUCCGCAUCAAGGUCAACAAGAAGCCUUCCAAGGAGGAGAGCGAAAAGGACAAAGAUAGCGGGGAGCCAGAGGAGCCAAAGGAGUCUGAGGAGCCUAAGGAGAAGGAGCCCAAGAAGAGGAAGGAGAAGGCUGCUGCCGAGGAGCCCAAGGACUGUCUCGAAACCAGAUUCCUCUCCAAGGGCUACAACCAGAUAUACGACCAGAUCUGGCGUGACAUGGCUCGGAAAGACGUCAGCAAGGUUUUCAAGCUGGCGGUCGACUCCCACUCCAACAAGGCCUCUAACCUGAAGAAGACGGCUAUUCUUGCGUCCAAGGAGGCCAAGAGGUGGCAGCUGCGCACCAACAAGGGCACCAAAGAUCUCCAGGCCAGGGCCAAGCGCGUGAUGCGCGACAUGAUGGGCUUCUGGAAGCGCAACGAGCGUGAGGAGCGAGAUCUCCGCAAGGCCGCCGAGCGUCAGGAGCUUGAGAAUGCGCGGAAGGAGGAGGCAGACCGCGAAGCUGCCAGGCAGAAGCGGAAGCUCAACUUCCUCAUCUCGCAGACGGAGCUGUACUCCCACUUCAUCGGCAAGAAGAUCAAGACGGACGAGGUCGAGCGGAGCACGGACCGUCCCGAAGUUGCGGCCGAGGAGAACAAGGACAAGGCGCCCGAGGCAGCCAAGCUCAACGUCCAAGAGCCUACGGGACCUGUUGCGGCCAGGGUUACAAACUUUGAGAACCUCGACUUUGAUGCAGAGGACGACGCUACGCUCCAGGCCGCGGCCAUAGCCAACGCCCAGAACGCCAUUGCCGAGGCCCAGAGGAAGGCACGCAACUUCAACAACGAUGACGAGCCAGACGAGGACGGCGAGAUGAACUUCCAGAACCCCACCGGUCUCGGAGAUGUGGAGAUUGAGCAGCCCAAGCUCCUGACGGCGACCCUCAAAGAGUACCAGCUCAAGGGCCUCAACUGGCUUGUGAACCUGUACGAGCAGGGCAUCAACGGUAUCCUCGCAGACGAGAUGGGUCUCGGAAAGACGAUCCAGUCCAUCUCGGUCAUGGCAUACCUGGCAGAGCACCACGACAUCUGGGGUCCCUUCCUGGUCGUUGCCCCCGCGUCGACGUUGCACAAUUGGGAGCAGGAGAUCAAGAGGUUUGUUCCUGCGCUCAAGAUUGUCCCGUACUGGGGUUCUGCUGGCGACCGAAAGAUCCUCCGCAAGUUCUGGGACCGCAAACACUCGACUUACAAGCGGGACGCGCAGUUCCACGUCACCAUCACGUCCUACCAGAUGGUUGUUUCGGAUGUUGCCUACUUCCAGAAGAUGAAGUGGCAGUACAUGAUCCUAGACGAGGCGCAGGCCAUCAAAAGCUCUCAGAGCUCGCGGUGGAAAUGCCUUCUCAGCUUCCACUGCCGCAACCGGCUGCUUCUGACAGGAACACCCAUCCAGAACAACAUGCAGGAACUUUGGGCGCUACUGCAUUUCAUCAUGCCAUCGCUGUUCGACAGCCACGAGGAGUUCAGCGAUUGGUUCUCCAAGGACAUCGAGUCUCACGCGCAGAGCAACAGCAAACUGAACGAGGACCAGCUCAAGCGACUGCACAUGAUCCUGAAGCCUUUCAUGCUGCGCCGUGUGAAGAAGCACGUCCAAAAGGAGCUGGGCGACAAGAUCGAGCUCGACGUCUUCUGCGACCUGACGUACCGACAGCGCGCCUACUAUGCCAACCUGCGCAACCAAAUCAGCAUCAUGGAUCUGAUCGAGAAGGCUACGAUGGGUGACGACAACGAUUCUGGCACGCUGAUGAACCUGGUCAUGCAGUUCCGAAAGGUCUGCAAUCACCCCGACCUGUUCGAGCGCGCCGACACCAGCUCUGCUUUCGCCCUGGCUUCGUUCGCCGAGACGGGCUCUUUUGCUCGCGAGGGCAACAACGUGACUGUUGGCUACACCACCAGGAGUAUGAUCCAGUAUGCGCUGCCGAGGCUUGUUUGGCGCGAAGGCGGUCGUCUCAGCAAGGCUGGCAAUGACAACAUCUCUGCCGGAUUCCGGAGCAAAUACCUGGGCGAACUGAUGAACAUUUGGUCAUCCGAAAAUGUUCGCGAGAGCCUUGGUGGAACCGAUUCCUUCUCGUGGCUGAGGUUCGCAGACACCAGUCUGGCAGAGGUUGAGAAGGCUGGCAAGCAGGGUCUGUUCUCUCGGGCCGCGGACCUGGCACGGAAGAAGAACCGGCUGGCGGCCAUGAGCGUCGCUUACGACGACGACGAAGAGGACCGCUUCACGCCAUCACACGCCCUCUUCCAAAUCAAGCAGAGGAGAGACAGGACAGCGCUCGCUAACAUCUCGUCGGAAGGCGUCCUGCGGAACCUGAUGAACGUCUCGCGCGUCGUGUACGAGAACUCGAGCCUCCCGCGCACGGAGCCGGCUGCCCGACCGGGCGCUUCGGCACCGCCGAUCGAGGUUGUCUGCCACAGCAAGGGCGCGCAGUAUGAGCGGGACCAGGUUCUGUUCAACGUGCCCAUGCGCAAGGCGCUGUUCGGCCCGACGAUGGAAGAACAGAAGGAUUUUGUGCUGCAGAAGGCGCCGCUCGAGAGGCUGCCGGCGCCUGCGUUGCUCCCUCCGCCCGACAACGAAAAGAAGCGGUUCACCAACGUCAACGUUCCCUCGAUGCGUCGCUUUGUCACCGACUCAGGCAAGCUGGCCAAGCUAGACGAGCUGCUCUUCCAACUCAAGGCGGGUGGGCACCGCGUGCUGCUGUACUUCCAGAUGACGCGCAUGAUUGACCUGAUGGAGGAGUACCUGACGUACCGCAACUGGAAGUACUGCCGCCUCGAUGGCUCCACCAAGCUCGAGGACCGUCGCGACACGGUGCACGACUUCCAGCACAACCCAUCCAUCUUCAUCUUCUUGCUGUCAACUCGUGCUGGUGGUCUGGGAAUCAACCUAACUUCGGCAGAUACCGUGAUCUUCUACGAUUCGGACUGGAACCCUACUAUCGACUCACAGGCCAUGGACCGUGCCCAUCGUCUUGGUCAAACCAGGCAGGUCACAGUGUACAGGCUCAUCACGAAGGGCACCAUCGAGGAGCGUAUCCGGAAGCGCGCCAUGCAGAAGGAGGAGGUGCAGCGCGUGGUCAUCUCGGGUGGCGCUGGUGCUCACUCAGGCGUCGACUUCUCGGGCCGCCGUGCGCCCGAGAACCGCAACCGCGACAUCGCAAUGUGGCUGGCAGACGACGACCAGGCCGAGCUCAUCGAGAGACGCGAGCGCGAGCUUCUGGAGAGCGGCGAGUACGACAAGGCGACCAAGAAGCGCGGCGGCAGCAAGCGCAAGCGAGUCGCCAAGGAAACCGGUGGCGGCGGCGGGGAGGGUGCUGCCAGCCUUGACGACAUGUACCACGAGGGCGAAGGGCACUUCGACGACGGCAACAAAGCCUCUGGCACGGCAACACCUGUUGUCCAAGAGGCGGACGCUCGACCAGGGAAGAAGAAGCGGGCAGGCGGAAAGAAGGCGAAGACGACUUCGCAGAGACUCGCCAUGGCCGACGGCGAGGUUGACGGAUAGACGGCGAAUCUGUUGGAUGAUGAUGGGCUUACCGACUUGAAGCGAUGCUACUAAUUCUGAUACACGGCUCCCUGGCGCUAGGUCUUGGUCUGACGCAGUCCGGACGGGCGUUGAAUGACUUGAAGGACGGGUUCUUUUGUUUUCACUCUUCUGUGUUAAUACUGCCAUCGCACUUUUCUUUUCCUUGUCUCGUUGCUCUCUUUCGCUUUCCUCUUUCUCUUUUCAUCCUCUGUUUUACUUUUUUUUUUUUAGAUUUGUCAGGACGGUAUUCCGUCGCCAGGGCAAUGUUUCACCCCGGCGCCGAUGGCACUCGACUGGCAUAUAACCGACGGAACUCGGCGCUCAAAAACGGCCUGUUGGUGGUAGACAGGGGUUCAACAAACAAGCAAACAUACACGUGUACACCUCACGCUUUGGUUAUGUGAUAGGAGGGAGGCUUUCACGAAAUUAGCACAGAGUGUAGUGCUCUUCUCGGGUUCUGUGGAGGCUGUGUGCCAACCGCGUCGAUCUGAAUGGUUCUUGCAUCA